AUGCGCAGAGCUUUACGUAUUGUAAACCAAACGACCUCUCACAUAUUUGCCAAACACAUAACCGCAGAUUCAGCGAGUCUCAUCCAACAAAGAUGCUACUCCGAUAGCGCUGGCUCCAAGCCUGCAAACCCAUUCUACGGUUACUAUGCCGACCUCCUCGAUGCGCCAUUACGGUCCAUGCAAUCAGCGACCCGCACGCCAGCGGCCCCACAACCAUCAGUAGAUGAGACGUCCAUGACAGCAGACGAAGAACGUCUAGCCAAAUUCCGCACAGUCUUCGGAUCACGAGGUGCCAAUGCCACAGAACGACAACUGCAGAUUGAAGCCGGGAGUCGAACGAUUGCCGGCGUAGUAGUCCCGCCAAGACCCGAAGAGCCAGAAAACUGCUGUAUGAGUGGCUGUGUCAAUUGCGUGUGGGAUCAGUAUAGGGAUGAGAUGGAGGAGUGGGCUUUGAAGAGUGCGGAGGCGAGGACGAACAUGGCUGUGGAACGGAAAGAAGGUAACGCUACGGGCAUGAUGAUGAAGGAUAGCAGAGCGCCAGCUCAUGUUGCUACGAGUAUGGAUGACGAUGGUGGUGGUAGUGAGACUGCCUGGAGUGGUGGGCAGGAUGGUGCUGCGGAUCUAUUUGCAGAUAUUCCUGUCGGCAUUAGGGAGUUUAUGAGGACGGAGAAGAAGCUGAAGGAACGGAGACGACGCGAGGCUGCUGAAGGUGGCUGA